AUGUCUAGCCGAGAGCUCGAGGUCGUGGCAACACACAACCAGCGCUUCGCCCUCAACACGAGAGCAGACCCCAACACGUCACAACACCGAGACUGGGCAGCGUUCGUCGGCUUUGUCCUUGGAGAUGGUGGAGUCAUCUUUCCCAUCCAGGGACCUCCCUACCUUUUGGUCACCCAGGUCAAAGACGAUGGUGUCACCUACAUCGACGGGAUCGUCCGACGGCUGCAGCGGCAGCUUCCGCACCUUGGCCUGCGUCGCAAGCGGCCGACGCAGCGGAACCCUGUGUACACCUGCAUCUGCAGGCACCAGGGUGUCGUCGAGUUCUUCAAGCCGAUGGUCGUCGGUCCUCGCUCCUACGACCCAGACAAUGACGACCACGUGAAGAACUACGAGGCUCACCACUAUCACAGCAUCGCAGAUGGGCCCCAAGACCACGACAUUCCUUUGCCAGCACGCAGGAAGCGGGGCGGCAAGUGGCGGUACAUCCGCCGUUGGAUGGGGGACGGUCACGCAGUAUGGCUCACCAAGAUCGACAAGUUCACGGCUCGCGCCAUCCUCGAAGGCUUCGCCGCGGCCGACGGCCUCAUGGCCCACCUCAAGCGCUCUUGGGGCCGGGGAGGGCGACGUCCUUACCGGAUCUCCAACCCCCCGCUCUUCGAUGGAAACCUGGUUCAAGUGUACAACUCCAGCUUGCCACUCAUCGAAGACCUCUCUAUGCUGGCAGGCAUUGGAGAGGUGCAUCCUAUCCCGUCAAGAGUCACGAACCUUGCAGACGCUGGUGCCAUCGGACACAUUGGCGCCAGGCAGAUCAACCGCAAUGCGACACAGUGGAUGGUAGGCAUGCACUACCGAAAGUGCGUGCCAUUGAGGAAGCCGUUGCCAUACCUCAACCCACGGCACGACGGCUUUGUCUACACCAUUGUGAUGCCUUCUAAGCAUUGCUUCCUUGCCCGCCGUCGCGUCAUGUGGGAUCCUGAUGUCCCCGGUCAGAGCGUCAGGACUGGAGAGACGUUCAUGAAGCCGUUCUUGACCACUGGCUUCGCACCAGAGCACCCCGAACCUCCUGUUCUGUAG